AUGGCGGGUUUUCAGGCCCUGCCACCAGGGGUGAGGUUGACGGCAUCAGCAUUAAAGCAACAGGCGGCGGCUGCAGGUGGCCGAUCUGCAUUGCGGAUAUACUCCAACAAGAGCGCUGCUGUUAAUAGUGGAGAAGUGAUGAAUAGGCCGAUACCAGUCAUCGGGGAAACGCAGGACACUGCUACGACCCAGCUCAUGGACCUAUCGGGAAGAAUGAAGUUGAAACCGGACCACAGGGAUCGGCCGCUUUGGGUGUGUCCCGAUGGUCGCAUUAUUUUCGAGGCGGGUCUUCAUCCGGAUCUAUUCGGUCCGGUGACAGAUUUUCUCGUUGCUAUCGCUGAGCCUAUAUCGAGACCGUCGUGGGUUCAUCACUUCCAAAUCACAGUGUUUUCUCUGUACGCGGCGAUAUCUUUGGGUAUGUCCGUGGAGGAGGUCAUAGCUGACCUUGAUCGUUUCUCGAAGAAUGAAAUAGAUCCAGUCCUCCUGGAUUACAUUCAGCAGAGUGGGUCGAGGAUAGGCAAGGUUAGGCUGGUCCUACGCAGAAACAGGUACUUCGUGGAAUCGAGUGACUUGUCAUUAUUGAGAAUGAUAGAGGACAACAGCAAGAUAAGGAAGUGUAAAUUGGGUCAAAUAAUCUCUAGUAAGUGUUGGUCGGGGUGGGAAGGGCCACGUCUCGGGUAUCACAAAAACACUAGGGAAAAACAUAACCCUCAUUUUACUUCGCGAAUAAUGUAUGCCGUGAAAAACGCGUUGUCUUUAGCGACGACGGCUGAGACCAAUCCGGGGGCUGCCAACGCCUCUACUGGCGAUAAGAUGGCUGCGCAAGUCGUGCACAUGUUUGAGAUCAACUCGGCUGAUGUGGAAACUGUGAAGGCAACUGCGUAUCGCGAGAUUCGGAUACCGCUACUGGAGGAGUAUGAUUUUCGUGAUGACGAUGACUCCAAUUACAUCAACAUGCAGUUUAGGCCUACUACGAUCGUCCGACCAUAUCAAGAAAGGUCUCUGCAUAAGAUGUUCAGUGGCAGUCGAGCCAGGAGCGGUAUGAUAGUGUUACCAUGCGGUGCUGGUAAAACACUGGUGGGAAUUACAGCAGCGGCUACAAUGAAGAAACGAACGAUGGUCUUGACGACUACGGCUGUGGCGGUGGAUCAGUGGAAGCGGCAAUUCGAGCUCUUCUGUUCGAUCUCGCCUGAUGACGUCAUCACGCUAACAGCUGAGAACAAGCAACCGAUACCAGAAGAUCGGCCGUGCAUUCUCAUCAGCACGUACAGUAUGUUCUCAGUAUCAUAUGAGAGGAUGUCUCGAGCAUCGAAGGCGGUCUUUGAGUCCGUCACCAAGCUAGAAUGGGGUCUGCUCGUGGCUGACGAGGUCCAAGUGAUGCCGGCUAAAACAUUCCGUUCGGUGGCGACCACGGUUCGAGCCCACUGCAAACUUGGCCUGACUGCGACCCUUGUUCGAGAAGAUGAGCUCGUCGAGGAUCUGCAGUACCUCAUCGGCCCCAAGCUGUAUGAGGCGAACUGGCAGGAGCUCGUCAAUGCAGGCUACUUGGCUCGGGUCCAGUGUAUCGAGGUGUGGAGUGAGAUGCCUCCUCUGUUUUGGAAGGCAUAUUUGGAGACCAACACAUACCACGUGAAAAGGGCCUUGUAUACAUCUAAUACCAACAAGUUGAUGGCAUGCGAGUACCUUGUUGCACUGCACGAAUCUCGAGGAGACAAAAUAAUCGUCUUCUGCGAUAACGUGGUGUUGUUGAAGGAGAUGGCUCAGAAGACCAGAAAGGCCUUUAUAUGUGGCAGUGUCAGCAUGGCUGAGCGAAUGGCUUGCAUUAGAUGUUUCCAGCAUAGUGAUAAGAUCAACUGUAUCUACCUUUCCCAGGUCGGUGACAACGCCAUUGACAUACCCAACGCCAACGUGGUCAUACAGAUCAGCUCACAUUAUGGCAGUAGACGGCAAGAAGCUCAGAGGCUUGGACGAAUCCUUCGACCGAAGGCUUACCGCGAUGACGCCGGCUUUAAUGCAUACUUCUAUUCGCUGGUCUCGAAGGACACACCUGAAAAGGAGUAUGCAUUGAAACGGCAGAAGUAUCUGGUUGAUCAGGGGUAUAGUUUCAAGGUCAUCGCUGACUUUGACGAGUCAGUACGGAAAUCGGGGCUUAAGUUCGCCUAUAGUGGUCCCGAGGCAGAACAGCACGUCCUUGAAAUGGCCCUUGUUGCCGGCGGAAGUGGCGGGGAGUCUGCGAGAGAGGAAGAACAAAAUCUCAGUAUAUGCGACUCUAAGUUCACGGUUACGGCCGAGGAUGAGAAGCAGUACUUGGAUCGGUAUACCUCGUUGGCGGACUUAUCGGGCGGAGGUGCUGGUGGAGGCUACUACCAGCCGAGUGGCGCUCUGCCGUAGGGCCUUAUCCACAUUAUAGCUAUACGUU